AUGGAACGAGCUAAGGGCAUGAGAAACGGUAACAGAGCAGAGGAAAGCAAUAGUAUAACAGUGAGUAAGGGACUGCAAGAUGAUUUAAUAGUUGGGGAGAUUGUCUCUCGCUUGCCCUUGAAGUUUUCCGUUCAAUGUAAAGUUGUAAGCAAGAAUUUUAGUAGAUGCAUUUCUGAUCCUAAAUUUUCCCAAACUUUGCUCCAACGUGAAAUGGAUUGUUCCACAAAACUCAUCUAUACAUCAAAUGGUUCAAUGAGAAAAUUCCACAAAAUCUCCUUAAACCAUAUCCCAACCACUCAAUGUAAGACGAGUUUACCCGAUGACGUCGAAGUUUUGGCCUCAUGCAAGGGUCUCGUUCUCCUUGACUUUGAGGAAAUUAAGGUCUACUGUAUUUUCAAUCCGAUAACUGGCGCGCACCAAUUGAUAACAUACCCCGAGACUACAACUUUUAUGAUGAUUGGUUAUCCAGGCCUAGCUGUUGAUUACUCGAGUUCAGCUCAAUAUACAUUGGUAACCAUCUGUAAGCUAGCUAAAAAUUUCAACCCGUUUUACAAAUUUCACGUACUUUCAUCGGAGCAAUCUGGCUUGUGGCGUGAAUUCCAACUGAGAAGCAAUACUUUCAGUGAUUUGGCCGUCGGCAGUCCACCUGUUUACUGGCUCAAUUCUCUGUAUUGGCUCAGAAGCGACGGUAGUGUUAUAGCUUAUGAUAUUAAGAGAGAAGAAGCUAUAAUACUUGACAGUCCAGAGUUAAGUGAUCAUUCUGAUAGCGGUAAAAUUCUGACUGGUCGUGAUAUAUGGCUGGGAGUGGCGCAAGGUUUGCUUACCCUUGUUCGCAUAUUCGAGAAAUCCAUUGUCAUUGCUGCUUAUGAUUAUUCAAGCAGCAAUUGGAUCGUUUCCCCCCCUUUGGAAAACUUCGUUUCUGGUCCGGACGGAAUUAUUAAUGGUUUUCCAGUCUUGAUCGACAGCAAACGGGUGUUUUUCGUGGUAGAACAUCCCCUGGCAAUGUAUGAUCUAUACGAGUAUGACACUGAGAUCAGUGGGUAUAAGAAAGCGUCAGUGUUGAGCAUAAUUAUCCCUCCCCUGUAUUCCUUCCAACCAACAUUAGCCAGGGUUCAUGAGACUCCCUCGGAAAUAGUAAACACUCAUCAUUUGUCAUAUAUCGCUGCAAAGUUUGAUGUGUUUAGAAGAUUUAUUACCGAAGGUAUCAGUUAG